AUGGCUUUCGGACUGAUUAGUAUCUUGCCAAAGGGAAUGCGAGAUUCCCGCGUUGUUCGCGUUAUGUCACCUUUCACAACUUUGCUUGGUGUUGUCGGCCUAGGCGCUUUGGCACUUUGGCAGGUUACCGUCGACACCACCUCCAAGUUGCAAAAGAUCGACGGAUGUGGCUUCUCUCAAGCUUUUGGACAUGCCGAAGAGUUCCAGAACGCACCCACGGCCCUUCAGAAGGGGGCUCUCGAUCUACUUUUCAGCCCUACCAAAGGUGCCGGGUUCAGCAUGAUCCGCAAUCGCAUUGGUUCCGGCGGCAAAGGAGACAGCAUUCUUCCCACGAGCCCUGGAUCGCCUGCAGGUAAGCCGACUUAUACCUGGGACAAGGACGACAGCGGUCAGUGCUCCUGGAUUCAUGAAGACGAAUACUUAUGCGGCACAACCGGCCAUACCUGCUCCUCUGGCGAUUGGCGACAAGCCUAUGCCGACUUCCUCGUGCAGUAUGUCAAAUACUACCAGCAAGCCGGGCUCAACAUUACCCACCUAGGCUUCCUUAACGAGCCCGACUUCUCCCCUGGAUACUCUCAGAUGCAAAUCAGCUCCAAUGCCCAGGAGGCCAUCUCUUUCAUCCCCACUCUGUCCAAAGCCGUUCAAUCUGCCGGUCUCAAGACCGCAGUCACUUGCUGUGAUGCUGUUGGCUGGGCUUCAACCGUCAAAUACACCAACGCUCUCGUUGCCGCUGGUAUGGAAUCCUACUUGGGUCUAAUCACCUCGCACACCUACUCAGGCAACGCCAACACCGCUCUCAACACUGAGCUGUCCUCUUGGGUCACCGAAUCUAGCAUCACGACAGCCUUUGACCUGACCUGGUUCAAUAAUAGAGGCGCCACAGAGGGCAUGACCUGGGCCAACAAGAUUGCCGUUGGCAUCAUAAAUGCCAAUCUCUCUGCCUAUCUUUACUGGGAGGGCUUUGAACUAAAGCAGCUGCAGUACGAUUCCCACCUCGUCGAUACGCAGGAUGGUAAGACCGCGACGCCGUCGGCGAACUUCUGGGCAUUCGCCAUGUGGUCGCGGCACAUCCGACCCGGCGCGCAGAGAUUACAAACGUCGGGCAUGGUGGCGUCCGACGUCUUGACCUCAGCAGUCAAAAACAAAGAUGGGUCCAUUGUGAUCAUCUUCACAAACAAUGGCAGCGCUGCUAAGGCUGCCAACUUCGCUUCCACGGCGGCCAGCAUCUCGGGCUCAGGGUUAUCCGUCGCUAUGUUACUACAAGGACGUGAUAAUCUAGCAACAUGCCAGAUCUCCGGCCACUACAUAUGCACAGUCUAUCAUCUCAGAUCUACAUUUUACAGGUUCUCGUCUAUCAACGCCUAA